UAAUGAAAUUGUAAAAAAUAUAUUAGGAAUGCAAAUGUCCAUCAUGUUAAUUAUUAUUUGAAGAACCUAUAACAAUUGUUUGUGGUCAUACUUUUUGUAGGGAAUGUAUUGUUCGAUCAGUUAAUCUUAAACCCUAAUGUCCAGAAUGCUUGUAUUUUUUAUAUAUAAUUAAUAAAUUAGAUAUCCUAUUACAAAUAUCAUUAAUAAAAUUCAAGAAAACUUUUUAGUUAAAUCUGUUGUUAAAGAAAUUAAUGAAUUAUUUAUUGAAUAAAAUAAAAAAAAAGUUAAACCUAGACUUUUUGAUUAAAUUAUUGCAAAACAAUUUUAAGAAAAUAGUAUUAAAUAAUAUUUGAUUUUUGAAACUAAAUCUCUAAUUAUACCUUAUACCAAUUAAAAUGUACAUCUUAAUAUAAAUUAAUUCAAAGAUUUAAAUGAAGAUUAAAUAUAUAAAAUCUUAAAAAGAGAUUCAUUAAUAUUGUUAACAAAUCCAAAUAAAAAUCAUUCAAUUUAAGAAGUAAAAUUUUUGUAAUUAAUUCUCUCAGACUGCUACUCUAGUUAUUGUUAUUAAGGUUGUAAUAAAUUCUAAAUUAAUUGAUUUAAGUGUUCAAGUUAAGGAACAAAUGAAAGUUUUAUAAAUUAAACCUGAAACAUUUAGAAUUGAAAAAGAGAUCCCAUUAAAUGUUGCUAAGGUUUAAGAAAUUAAUGAAGAACCUAUUUUUUUCACUUUAUAAACUGAUUAAUAGAUCAAAUAUUUAAUAGAUACUAUAAGAUAAUAAUUGGCUUCUCAUUUACCUUAACUUAUUGACUCAUAUACUGCUAAAUAUUUUGAAGAAUUUUUUCAUAGACUUCAAUUAUUUGAAAUUCUUAGGAGUAAUAUUUUAAGGAAUGAGAAAGCCUUAAAACAUAUUAGUUUUGUUAUCCCUUGUAUUUUACAUUUAACAGAUUAAGAGAGGACUAGAAUUUUCAAUGCCAAUAAUAGUAUAGAGAGAUUGAUUUAAAUCUCUUAAGUAUUGUAAAGAUUUUAAAAUAUAACAAAUCCAUUAAUGGUUUUCAAAAUUCCAGGGGAUAAAGAAAGAAUUAAUAAUAAAACUGAAUUAAUAAUCAUUGUGCUAUUAUUAUUUUUUGCAUUUUAUUACAGAGUCAUUGGAAUCUGA